UUUUUCGCUCUUUGUCAUCAUUCAGCUGUCAAGGUGGAAGGUCGUCGCUAGUUUCCACAUUAAUUUACGUAAAUUUUGUAUCGUUUUAAUAAAUUUUAACAAAACAUGAAAAUCUGGACUAGUGAACACACAUUUAACCAUCCCUGGGAGACAGUGGCCACUGCAGCUUGGAGAAAAUAUCCCAACCCUCACAAUCCUGCAGUUAUUGGAACUGAUGUGGUGGAAAGACAAGUGGUGGACGGCGUUUUACACACCCACAGAUUGGUCAGUUCGAUUUGGUACUUUCCCAAAUGGGCGCAAGCUCUCAUAGGGUCAGCCAAAGUGUGCUACGCCCGGGAGCACUCGGAAGUAAACCCCUCGACCAGACAGAUGAUCCUCAAAACAAUAAAUUUGACAUUCUGCAGACACAUAGCCGUAAACGAAACGAUCAAGUACACGCCUCACCCCUCCGAUCCGGGAAAAACCCUUUUGACUCAGGAAGCCGUGGUCACGGUCAAAGGCGUACCUCUCACAAACUACAUGGAAGAUCUUUUGACGAACAAAAUUUCAAAUAACGCGGGCAAGGGCCGGCAAGCGAUGGAAUGGGUGAUAAAUAAGUUAAAUGAUGAGGUUAAGGAUCUCACUAGGAGCACGGAUGAAAUCCUCAACCAGACCAAAAAGUCCCUAGAUGAUAUUACUUCGAGCGCUAAACAGUCACUGGACGAUAUUUCUCAGAAAGCUAAGAAAAGUCUAGACGAAAUGCACAUACAGAGAGUCAAAGAAUUAAAAAAUUAAAUAAAUUUAAUAGUAUCAUUUUUCAAUUCAAUCCGCAAGUCCAGCUCAGUUGGGUUAUGUUAAAGUAUUAGCAUUUAUUUUUGAUCGAAAUAAAGGCAAAUUACAGUCAUUUUAUUUUGCGGGCUGGAAUCUGUAUUUGUACAUACAUAAAACUCACUAUUUAUUUCACAUUCCUUGCAACUGAAUGUUAGAUUAGAUGUAAAUAUUUAUUAAAUAAACCCUUCGUGCAAGAGAUACUGUUUCAGUGGUUACUAUUCUUGAAACAAAGAUGAAUAUUUUCAUCUCUACCAUGGAGAAAGUCUCUAUGUCUCUACCAAAUGUCUGACGUGUUUUAAUCAUAGAAAAAAAUGAAUUUAUUCGGAUUUUUGUCCCUUCUAUCAAUCAGGGAUGGUCUGAUUUGCCAGAGAUUUGUCUAAUAAAAAUACAGAAUUUUAAAUUUAAGAAACUGGAAAAACUAUUUUUGCGAGGCAAAUUAAUAAAGUGUAAAUUUAUU